CAAUCACUAGUUCAAACACUUUCACAUUCAGGCUUACAACAAGGUCUUUGAGAGCACAGAUUAGCCAACAAGUAGUCCUACUCACCAAAGACGAGAACGAUUCUGAGUGUAUAUCAGCGUACAAAUCUGUGUAUAAAUGUUUAAAAUAAGCAGAAGAGUACUACAUCUCACAAGCUUAGCAAAAUUCAAAAUAAGAUGAUCAAGAAUCUUAACAUAAUGGCCAGAGAUAUUGAUAUCAAGAAUAACAGAAGUCAAAAAUAGCAGGGCAGAGUUUAAUAAUUUUAGAAUGUAUAUUCUCUUAACCGAGAUUUUGGAUUUCCAACUUGACACUAAUAUUGAAGCUUCCACAGACCUACAAAUUCCUGUAAGAUCUAAAGACAGCAUCCUCCAAGUUAUUCCACCGAAAAACACCAGGGCCAUUGAAGCUUGAUGAAAAUGUUUAGAAAGUCAAUGAAAAGUUGACAAAGAUACUAGCUUCUUAAUAUGAACUAGUCAUUAUACCCCCUUAUUCUUUCAUUGUUCGCUUGUCUUGAAAGAGUAGUAAAAUGCUCAAAAUACAUUGUAUUUAUCCUAGAAAAUUUGUUACAAUACAGAGACAAUGCAUUUCCUGUUUUAAAAUUCCAAACUUCUGGAGAAUGCUAGUGAAGAUUAAUCAAAGGAAAGAUAUUGACAAGCUUGGUUAACUUAGUAAGGUCAUUGCAUUCUUGAUUCUUGACAAGCCAAAGAAAUUUUUUCUAAAAUACUCGCCAUCUGUCAAAAUUUUGGAUAUUAAUGAAGGUGUCUUAGUCAGAGCCCCUGAGCUAAUAGAAAAUAUGGUUGAAUACCUUCUAAAAUAAUUGAAAGAAUCUGAAAAACUACCAUUCAAUAGUUUCAAGAAUCAUGGGAUUAACCAGAACCGCUUCAUCUCCUCUUUCAGAAGCUUCCAGCUAUGAUGACCAAGAAGACUCACAUGUCCCACCUUUUUCUUACCUAGGAAAUUUUGUCUGAAGCGAUUCAUCAGAUUAUCAAAGCGAAGCUUUCGAUAUAAAAUUUUCCUGAACUACGCUCAAAUCCAAGAAAAUAAAAGAGUUCAUUACUAACGAGAAAGUAGUAGAAUUUGUAUUCAAAGGAGAUUACCUAGAUACUCUUAAAAUAAAAUAGCAUUCAUGAAGAUAACGAUGAAAGCAUUAGUGAAGAAGAAGAUAACCCUCAUGAUGGGAAUCUCUCACUAACCAAUAUUGCAAACCUGCUUAAUUCAGUCAAUAAUUCUAACUAUGAGACAAGUAAUGAAAACCUUUUGGCUCCUUUGACUAAUCUCGAGUUUCUCAAGAAAAUCAGCAAAUCAUCAAUGGUUGAAGUCCUUUACAUUUUAAACAAAUUAAUGUUUGGAACAAAGAAAAAUCAAGUCCAAGAUAGGAUAAGAAAAUCUGGCAUAAUCACUACCAUUAAUAAGCUAUACUGUCUUCUCCAAAAGACGAUGGACUACUCUACGUGACUCGGAAGAGAUACGAAAGUUCAGAUCCUCAAACUUGCAAUCAACUAUCUUGCCAGAAAUUGACCUAACUUAGAUAAUAAACUUGAGUAAAUAUCACGAGAUGAACUAAUUCUUUUAUUAAAGCAAGAAAUAG